UGCCUUUCCCUUCAUCAGAAAUUUUGUUAUUUGGUCUGCUCUUUCUUAAUCUUGGAUUGGGAUUUAGUCUUUUUCGCUCUUUCGCAGUGUAGUGAAGAUACUACUGUAAUGAUUGUUCUUCUUUGGUUGAGCUGGUUAAUUUUAGUUCUGAGUUUGUUUCGAUUAUGAUUUUGUUUGCUUUGUUUCAGUCUGCUAAACCUCUGGAUCAGAUUAUCUAAUUUGAAUUUUGAAAGUUUCCGGCUUUUGCAUUUUGAACUUUUGGACUUGUCUCCAUUUGAUGAAACUGCUCAACAUCUGGUGGAUUUUUGCUGGGUUUUAGGGUUUUGGCGUUCUGAUUUUAUUUGGGUUCCUUUGUCUAUGAUCAUUGUGGAACCAAGUUGCAGUCUCGGAGACGACCACUGAAUCACUGAACUUAAGAGAUGGCGGAUUAGUUUAUCCUUCAUUGGCUUUUUCUAUGUACAGAAAGUCAGUCAGGAAGGCCGUCAGCUUGAUUGUUUUGCUUUGUUUCCCCUUUAAUGACUUGUGCAAGAUGAUAGUAUGCGUUGAAAUGAGGGUUGUCUGGUUGUUUUUCAAGUAAAAGAAUGUUCUUUAUUCGAUUCUGAUAUAUGUUAUCUGAUGCAGGCUGAGUUAUUUGUAAGUUCAUUGCCAAUUCCUUAGAUAUCCAGUGUUCUUUUAGUUACAUCUGGAUCAUGUCUUAUGCAUCUUGCUAUUGGGACUUGCUAAAAGUUCUUUUGAUAGUUCAAUUUUACGAGUAAACGUUACUGUAAAGUGAUGCAUGUCACUGAAUGUAAAGGGUGCGUUGGUAUCUUAUUGCACACUUGAAAAUGGAAAUCUUUAGGCAUAUAGAAGAUAACAUUAUAGUUUUAAGUGAUGAAAUUUCAUGUCUGCUCAACUAUUGCUCUGGAGCUGGAACAAUUUGGAAAGAGAGCCUUCCUAGUGAAAAGGACUGAAAUAUGGAUAUCAAUUAGCUUGUGAUGGAUAUGGUUUCAGAUGGAACCCUAUCACGUAUGGGGAUCUAUGCAGCUGAAGAGCGUGAACAAAAAAAGUGGUGCUACUUCGUACAACACUUCCGCAUCUCUAGUCUUAAUUCUUUCUCACCAUGUUAGCUUUGAUCAAAGGGUUCAUUUAAAGGAAUAAAAAACUUGAUGGGGAUCGAUCUUGAAAUGCCAUCAGGAGAAUACCAUAAUGUGCAUUUGGGUGAUAACAGACACCAACGACGACAUGGAGAUGGGAUAAACUUAAACUCGGUAAACAAUUUAGAGCUCCACGAAGGGAUAGAAUUCGAGUCCAAAGAGGAAGCAUUCGCUAUCUACAAAGAGUACGCUAUGUCUGUGGGAUUUACGACAAUUAUAAAAGCUAGUCGUCGUUCAAGAAUGACAGGGAAGUUUAUCGAUGCAAAGUUUGUCUGUACAAGUUAUGGAAGCAAAAAAGCUGCAAGUUCAGAGGAAACCAGAGGUACUGCUUCAAAUACAGAAGGCUUUAACAUUCCUCAAACACAUAGACGUGGAAGGAUGAACCGUUCUUCUUUGAAAACUGAUUGUAAGGCAUGCUUGCAUGUCAAGAGAAGGCAAGAUGGGCGAUGGGUUGUUCGUACUCUGAUAAAAGAACACAACCAUGAAACCUUUCCUGGUCAAACCCAUAGCACCAAAGGUCGUGGUUUUUCAGAUAGUAGCAGAGCAAGGAUGAAAAAGAUGUCAAACUCCAUGUUGAGAGAAUCAGGUAGUGACAAGAAACUUGAGAAACAAUAUGGUGCAAUUGCGAAAGAGAUAAAUAGCAGGCAACAGUUAGCUUUAGAGGACGGUGGUGUUGAAAGACUCCUGAACUUUUUUACAGACAUGCAAGAAGAGAAUCCUUUCUUUUUCUAUGCCAUGGACAUAAGCGGUGAGCAAACUGUAAGAAAUGCCUUUUGGGUUGAUGCAAAAGGCAGGUUAGAUUGUGAUAGCUUCAGCGAUGUUGUGUCUAUCGACACUAUGUAUAUCAAAAACCAGUAUAAGCUGCCACUUGUCCCUUUUAUAGGUGUGAACCACCAUGGUCAGUUUUUAUUGCUUGGUUGUGGAUUAUUAGCAGAUGAUACUGAAUCUGAAUUUAUCUGGCUCUUCCGGGCAUGGCUAAAAGCGAUGGGAGGACGCCAACCAAGAGUUAUACUUACCAGCCAAAACAACAUGCUAAAAGAAGCUGUUUCAGAGGUUUUCUCCUCUUCUCGACAUUGUUUUUACAUGUGGAGUACUCUAGGUCAGAUGCCCGAGAAGCUUGGUCAUGUCAUGAGGCAAGAGAAAAGAUUUGUGGAUGAGAUUAAUGAUUCUAUCUAUGACGCUAGCACGAGUGAAGAAUUUGAAAAGAGAUGGUGGGAGGUGGUUGAUAAGUAUAAUCUGAGAGAUAAUUCUUGGCUCCAGUCGUUGUAUGAGAAUCGGGAACACUGGGUUCCUAGAUACAUGAAGGAUGUUUCUCUAGUAGGGAUGUCUACAGGCCAGCGAUCAGAUUCUGUAAAUUCCCAUUUCGACAAAUACAUUCAAAGGAAAACUACACUGAAAGCGUUUCUGGAUCAGUACAAGGCCAUUAUGCAAGGACGAUGUGAAGAGGAAGCAAAAUCAGAUAUGGAAACAUUGCACAAACAACCUGGGUUGAAGUCUCCAUCGCCAUUCGGGAAGCAAAUGGCUGGAGUAUACACACAUGCGAUGCUCAAGAAAUUCCAAGUUGAGGUAUUGGGAGGAGUUGCUUGUCAUCCUAAAAAGGAAAGCGAAGAUGGAGCCAAAAGAAUUUUCAGGGUUCAAGAUUAUGAACAAAAACGUGCUUAUGUUGUGGUGUGGAACAGUGAAUCAUCAGAAGUUUCUUGUUCAUGCCUACUGUUUGAAUUAAAUGGCUUCCUUUGCAGGCAUGCCAUGAUUGUUCUGCAAAUGUCUGGCAUACUUAGUAUACCUUCUCGGUAUGUACUGAAACGUUGGACAAAGGAUGCAAAAAAGAGAGAAGUUGUAGAAGCACAGUAUGAAGUAGCUCCAUCCAGGGCUCAACGAUACAGGGAUCUUUGUCAUCGUGCUUUCAAAUUGAGCGAGGAGGCAUCUCUAUCCGAAGAGAGUUAUAUUAUGGUAACUAACAUGCUGGAUGAAGCUUUUCGGAAGUUUGAGAAUAUGAAUAGCUCAAUCGGAAAUGAAGCAGAGUCAACCUCACUUGCAGCUCAAGAUCCUCCCCGAUAUGAAGAAAUCACACAGAGCAACGCAUUUGAUGCAAACAAGAACAGCACAGCUGAAUCUCGACAGGUACAUUCACUGCAUGAAGUUCUAAGCAUUGGCAAGCAAGAAGUGUGGAGAACGACGGAACUUAGGAGUCGUCCCUCCAUUGUUGUCGAUGACUACCUCGGUGCCCAAAAACUCUCACACGGAAUGGUAGAAAGCGAUUCCAUAACCUCGAACCGUGAUGGUUAUUGUGCAGACCAAAGUAACAUACAAUCACUGGCUCAUCCAAAUUCUCUUGCAUCAGUCCCUAGUGUUCAUUCCAUAACUCGGAAGAGGCUUUAUCGAGCUCAGGAACAGUCGAGUUUCAGACCGCAAGCUAUGACUUCAUGUUUUAACAUUGAUGACGGUCUGCAAGAAACGGGACAGACGAGUCUCAGAGAUCUUCAGCCAGACAGCAAUGCCUUGAAGCAUCAUCAGUCCCGACACACAUGACCCUUCAUAAAGCUUUUCUACGGUACAAGAAAACACAUGACCCUUCAUAAAGCUUUUCUACGGUACAAGAAAAUAUCUGUAACGAGGGCAUGGUAGAAUAGAGAUGAUCAUAGUAAAUGGAGGUUCCUUCAGUUAACACUUCACAUACAGUUCCAUCGCCAUGUAAAUCCAUGAACAGAGAGCACCAUGAGGGCUUUUUUUUUUUAUCAAAGCAAAAGCUUUUUGCGGAA